AUGAGCCUCUACAACUGGGAGACCACGUCCUGUGCCCGCCGCGGCAAGGUGAAGAAAACGGGAAUUGUCGUCCUACACGCCAAUGACGCUGUAGAUGUUGCUUUCGAUGCUUUGCAGAAGGAGUGCCCGCUCAGCCGGGACGACCAUCCCUCUCCAGACGCUGACUCAAAGCAAGAGAGGAGGAAAGCGCCACUAAUGACCGCCGCAACGGCGAAGGCCUUGGUGAAGAAAAUGGGGUUCACCAGCCUCUUGCCGUGUCAAGCGCAGUGCUACCGCGGCAUCUUCAAUCGGCGCGACGUCAUCCUUCACAGCCGCACAGGAAGCGGCAAAACAUUGGCGUAUGCGCUGCCAAUCAUUGAGCGACACACGAUAUUGGAGACGCACGCCGCUGCGGCCGCAACCGGCCCAUUUCUGCUAAUCUUCGUCUUCAGUAACGAGCUAGCCGUGCAGACCAAAGGCGUUCUUAAGCGGCUUUACCCCAAACUGCACAUUUGCGUCGCAGGAUUCGAGGAUCUUACCGCUCAGAGGUGCGAUAUCGUGAUUGGCACCGUGCCCUCCAUGGAUGGGGCAAUCCGAGGCAUGCAGCACGAUGACAUCCAGAAGGGUCUGAAGCGAAGGCGCCAGCACGAAGGCGAGACGGAAGAUGCUGAAAACGAGGAUGCAAGUGACGACGAGGAGGAAGGUCAGAGCAACGACGCUGAAGAGGCCUCAGCGGCGGGUGCAGUGGACCCCUCUGACGUCCGUGCGAUUGUGAUAGACGAGGUGGACCUGACGCUUGGCCCCCGCUUCUCCAAUAUUGGGCGGCGCAUGCGAAACCUCCUCAAGUUUAUUCGCAAGGCCAAUGGUUCUUUGACGGAUGGCCUAAUGACGGAUUUUCGUUCCCACCAUUACGUCCUCUGUGGGGCGACCAUCCCAAACUGGGUGCUGAAGGCCGGCUUUCUGGGCGUGAAGAAGUACUACUACCAACUUGUGACUGUUGGCACAGCCAAGCUUCCUGAAAAUCUGGAAUGUUUUACGAUGCAUUGUCCCUAUACAUCUCGCGUGGAAACGGCGGUACGUCUGCUUGCCGAGGAACGUUUUGGCCGCACAGUGGUCUUUGGCACCAGGCGACAGAUUGAGCGGUUGGAGGCUGUGCUCCUGGCCAAGCAACUGGGGCUGUCCUUUCGCUCGCUAAGCCCAUCAAAGGAUGAGCUUGACAGGAUUACCGCACUGGAAGACUUCAACGGCGGCUGCGCCGCUGUCAUUCUCUGCACUGAUCUCGCAGCCCGCGGCCUGGACUUUGUGGGCGUCGAUGUGGUGCUGAUGCUUUCUUUGCCAACGCAUAACAUGUCCGUGGAGACGUUUGUGCACCGUGCCGGCAGGACGGCGCGCGCCUCCCACAGUGGCAGGUGCCUUCUGCUGCAGGAUGAAAGAGAGAAGGACACGCUUGAGGCCAUCCGUAAAAGCGCACACGCCAUCUUCAAGGUGUACCUUCCGCGCGGUGUGGCGGCGCCAAGUGCGGAGACGGCCGCGCCGACCAAAAAGAAAGCAAAGUCCCUUGCAGCAGCAGAAGCAGCCGGAACAACACCGACAACCGUCACGUUUGAACUGAUAGUGAGGAAUCCGUUCAGGUACACCAGGCCCACUGCCCAGGUGCCUUCGGCGCUGGAUGUGUUGAAGAAAAAUAUUGGCGAGCUUUUUGCAAACGUCAGCAACGUCGUUGAGGACUCCGGUCGCGAGACCGUAACCUUCGCCUACCCCGCAGACGCAUCGCACGAGGUAAGGCAGAAAUUGUGGAAGUUUGCACUGAAGGAAAUUGACCCCAGCCAAGGGUUGUGA